UGUCGAAGGCCGAUACACUUUGUGGUCAAGCCAAGCACCUGGGCCAUGGAAGAAAACCACCACAGAGAGAUCAUCAGCCGUUACCAUGCACGUCAAGCCAUGAUACCGUGUAAGCACUUCACUGGCAGUCUGGGCGAUUGGGAAGUCAAUGGAAGGAAAGAAAGCUUUCUAUUCUGUCCUCGCGGGAACCACUGCCAUUUUCGACACGAAAUUCCGGGACAACCAGAUGGUUUGAAUUAUCGUGGACACGGAUCGAGGCUAUGAUCAAGGAGCACAGGCGCCGCGACAUCUAAGACCAUCACGCCGGUGCCGAUGACAAUGUCGUGGGAGAGCGAGAGGAAAGACGUUGGGUACUUGACAGGGUUGUCCGAUGACCUGCCGUAGGAUGAGCUUAUGUCAAGUGAUUCGACACGAGCAUACUCGUCUCCGACCCACG